AUGUCCAAACGCUCACGAAGCACAUCCCCAUUCCCAUCAUCACCCUCACCUUCACCAUCACCACAUUCCUCCCCACCCACCCGUCCCAAAAUCCCCUCCCUAGAUCCCACAGCCACACCCCCCAACCAAGAAGUCAUGCACUGCUCGCUACCGCCCCAUCGGGAAACCAUCUCGUUUACGUCCUACGAAGACUACGAGGUGCAUUACCGCCAGGCACACGUGAACCGGUGUUCGCAGUGUGGGAAGAAUUUCCCGACGGAGAGGUUUCUGAAUCUUCAUAUUGAAGAGAAUCAUGAUGCGUUGGUAGCGACGAGGAGGGAGAGGGGGGAGAAGACUUAUGCAUGCUUCGUCGAAGAUUGCGAACGCGUAUGCUCUACGCCUCAGAAACGCAGAAUGCAUUUGAUUGAUAAGCACAUGUUUCAUAAGACAUACAACUUCUACAUUGUCAACGACGGCAUCGACAAACAGACCUCUCUACUGAGGACGCCGCAUGACCAUCGUCGGCGGUUAUCAUCAGCUGCUACGGGUCCUACUUCGCCGAAGGAAGGGCGGUUACGGUAUCGUCAGACUUCCAUAUCGCAGGCUGAUUCUGGUGCGAGUGCUCAGAAAGGCUCUUCUCCGUCUACUACUUCUCGACAAGGUGCUGCUGCUACUGCUGCUCCUGCUGAUGAUGAAGGGAUGGCGGAGCUGGAGAGGUCUAUGUCUGCGUUGCGGUUUGUUCCGGCUAGUGUGGCGAGGAGUCGGGGGAAGCAGAAGUCUUGA